CGUCAUACAUUAUUAUUGUUCGUAUGAACAUCCAGCCGCGGUGUUAUGUUUUAUUACCCCAGUUGGAACAGAUGAAACCAUGGGAAAAUGGGGUUUUGGAUCGUUAGAUGUAUCUUGUGUGGAUUUCCACCAGCCUCGCGGUGUGAAGUUAACGGCUGUACCGGGAACUUUAACGUGUUGGAAGCGCACUGACAGAUCAGAGAGGAGAGGGCGAUCACACUGUAACCGCUUCACUACUAGGAGGCACUCGCCUUCUCUUCUUCUCUUCGUCCUGCCUUCAUCCUCCAGCCGCCGACGUCAGGGGAACAUUUCAAUCCCCUCUUAUAUUCAGGAUAAUCUGAUUAUGAAGAUUUCCUCUGAGACGCCUUUUUGUCAAUGACAGCUAAGAUGGAGACACCUUUCUACCACGAUGACUCCCGCUUGGCUGAAGUCGUCCCCGGCUUCACCCAGAUCGCGGAAUACGAGCGUUAUCCGGGAAGCAAGAUGCUGAUGAAUAAGAAGGUCAUGUCAAUGGUGGGCAGUCAUCACUUCCCAGGCGGUGGUGCAGCAGGAGGCAGGGGCGGAAACCACCACAACCUGGGACUCGCCGGCAACAGCUCCUUGAUGACAUCAGCGGCGCCAUCGACGGACAUGAAUCUGCUGAAGCUGGCGUCCCCUGACCUGGAGCACCUGAUCAUCCAGUCCAACCAAGGACUGGUCACCACCUGUCCCGUGUCGAACUCCAACAAUCCCUUCAUGUACCGCAACCAGGCCACCAACGAGCAAGAAGGAUUUGCUGAUGGCUUUGUCAAAGCGCUCGCCGACCUUCACAAGCAGAACCAGCUGGUGGGAGGCGGCUCCAUGUCCCCGUCCUCAUCCUCCACCGUCUCCCUGCAGACAUCCUACCAGAGGAACCUGAUGUCCAGCGCAGACAUGCCUGUCUACACCAAUCUCAGCAGCUACAACCCAGGCCAGGUGACGUACCCUGUGGGGCAGAUGGCGUACGGUAGCGCCUCAGGCCAUGGUGGUGGUGGAGUCCCUCAACACCACACCCGAGGCAUGGACGCCCCUCAGACUGUCCCUGAGGUGCCUCAACCGCCGGGCGACCCCACAUCCCCGCCCUCCCUCUCCCCGAUAGACCUGGAGACACAGGAACGGAUCAAAGCAGAACGCAAGAAGCUCCGCAACCGUAUCGCCGCGUCCAAGUGCCGCAAGCGGAAGCUGGAGCGGAUCUCGCGGCUGGAGGAGAAGGUGAAGGCUCUUAAGAACCAGAACUUGGACCUGGCCUCCACCGCCGCCAUGCUGCGGGAGCAGGUUGCGCAGCUAAAACAGAAGGUCAUGAGUCACGUCACCAACGGCUGCCAAAUCGCUGUUGGCUCAGCCACUGCAAAGUCUGGAGGAGGAGGGGGAGGCACCGGCAGCGAGGACUCCAGCUGCUGAGGAGGCGGGACACCAGGAGAAUGUGCAUGGGAAAAUAAGCCGAUAGGUCGAGAGGCCGAGGGUUUACUUUGACCAUUUUGUCGUUUUGCUCGAACUCUCGGUCGGAGCGAGGCAGAGAGCAAGACGUCAACGACGCCUCAACAGGACAGAUGGACGUUUAACGGGAUUUAUGUAGCCCCAUAAACCGCUGUCAAUCACCCAGCCAGAGGGGGGCGGGGCUUAGAGGAGAGCGAAGUUCUGACGUUGAAUUUUUUAAGAGGAGAUGGGGGCUAAUUUAAUUUGAAGAGACUGUGUAUGUGAACAGGCACAUUUAUUUGACAGGUGAACUACAUUUACUGACAGAUUUCCAAUUUUUAUUUUCAGAUGUCAUCUCAGUAAAUAAACUGUACUGGAAAGAAUGGAAACAAUUUUCCACCACUGAUUUUAUUCUAAGUUACAGUAAAAACAUUGUUUGAAUAACUCAAUUUUUUACAGUGUGAAGUUGAUCUUUUAUUAUUUAAUACAGAGUUGAGGAGAUCAAAAUACUCAAAGCUAAAUUAUUGUGGAAAUAAUCAGAUUACUUUUAGUUACAGUGAGAACUGUAAUUUUCUUGUCAUAAUUUACAAUAAUCGGAGUUAGGAGAGUGUCAAAGAGACAAUUUCAACAUAACUUUUCCAAAUCCCGGAAAACUGCUCAAAAUGGCCGAUACUGCAGUUUUGUUUUGUAAUCUGAUUACUGUAAUCUCUUUGCUUUUACUACAAUCCCACUGUGUGUUCACGCAGCGGAAGAACCAUCACUUUACAAAACAGACUUGGACAACCCUGUUUUUACAGUAAUUUAUUAUGGUUGUGAUAGAUAUUAUGCAAUCUGAGUACUGCACUCUCUUUACUUGUCUGUAACUAAAGCUCAGCUGUGGUUGGUAAUAAUCCAGUGACUGUUUAAAAUGUUGAACUGUGUUUCUGUGUUUUCUUCGUCUGUUGUUGCUGGAUGUUAAAAACCUUUAAAUUUAUGUCUUCAUGAGGAAAUA